AUGGAGCGUAACCGUGUUGUUCGAAGGAUCUGCAGACUAAUGCAAGAAUGUGAGAAUGAAGGUGUUGGGGCUAUACCGGGUUACGAUAAUUCAUGGCUCGAUGGUAGUGAUUUUAUUGAUGGUCGAUGUCCGAUCAAUGGAGAGGAAGAGUGGGAGAGAAAGAGGGAGACAAAGCUGGGGAAAGGGAAGGGGAGGAUACAGCCGAAGCCCACAUCCGAGUUCACGAAUCGAUUGCAUCAUAAAUCUUUGGUUUCAAACAUGGCAACCACCUUUCUCCCCUAUUGGAGUCGAUGCUUCCCUGUGUCUCCAUCUCCGCUCUCUACUGCAUAUCAAUUCAGGCUUUUGAGGUGUUUUGAUUUCAGAAUCACUCAAUUCUACAGAAGAGAUUAG